AUGGGAGGUCACCAAGCCGGAAUUACCUGUCUUCAAUUCAAAGGCAACAGGCUAAUCAGCGGUAGUUCAGACUCCACUCUGAGAAUAUGGGAUCUCUCAACUGGCGAAUGUCUACACAUUCUUCGAGGACACACCGACGGUGUCAGUUGUCUCACAUUGAUCGACGACAACAUGAUUGCCAGUGGUUCACUCGAUAAUACAAUCAAUCUAUGGAGUAUUGAAACCGGUAAAUUAUUACAUUCAUUUGCUAAACAUGUAACUGGUAUUACUUGUUUGUACUAUAAAAAUAAUCUGUUAAUUAGUGGUACUAUGGGUGGUGUUUUGAAUGUAAUUGACUUACCAUCUAGAAUUGUAUUGCAAACACUUCAUGGACACAGCGAUCGUGUCACUUCCAUUCAGUGGUGGGACAAUCCAAAUGGAGAACCAUCCAUUAUCAGUUCUUCUUGGGACUAUACACUAAGAGUAUGGAAUUUACAAACUGGUAAAUCAAUUCAUGUAUUAUCAGGUCAUACAUUUAGAGUUCGGUGUACAUAUAUUAGAGGUAAUAUUUUAGUUUCAGGAUCCUGGGAUACAACUGUAAGAGUGUGGGACCUCCUGACUGGAAAAUGUAUACACACUCUCACUGGACAUAGUUUUAAUGUUUGGGGUGUUCAAUUUGAAGGCAAACGUUUGGUUACAGCGGGUUGGGAUCGAAAGGUUAAAGUUUGGGAUUUGGAAUCUGGUAAACUGCAAUACACUCUCGAUGGACACACUGAAUCAAUCAUUUGUCUUCAAUUCAAAGGUAGCAAGCUGGUUACAGCUGCCAAAGAAAUUAUUGUUUGGGAUUUUGAUGUAAAACAAAACAAUAAUAAUAGCAAUAAUAAUAUCAAUAAUAAUAAUACACAAUUAUUCAUCAUAUCAGUACAAAAUAAUUUCAUUGAGGUGCGAUGCGAUGUGAUGGUUUGGACUAAACACACAACCUCCGUUAAAGCUAUGUAUGAGAAUUGGUUGGCUGCUAUUGGACUUGUGAUGGUCAGUAGCAUUUUGGCAAUCAGAUGGAAGAGACCUCAUCCUACAAAUCAAUCGAUCGAAGUCGGACCAACUGUGCAAGGUGAAGGUAGAGCAAGAAGAAACGCUGCAAAUCCAGAGUUAGUUACUCAUGUCGAAGAAGAUCAAAUCUAUACUUUAUACGAUUCAAUUGUUAAAUCAUGUCAAAAGUUCAGUACACGUAAAUGUUUUGGUUCUAGACCUAUCGGAAAGAAUGGUGAAAUCGGUGAAAACUUUGAAUUCAUCACUUACAACGAGUUUUACAAUCGCUGCGAAACAUUGUUCCAGGUUUUAGUUGAUUUGGGUGUUCAACCAAAAAGUAAAAUAGGUAUUUUCAGUAGAAAUAGAGUUGAAUGGUUGGUUGUUCAGGGUGCCUGUUUCAUGCAGUCGAAUAUCGUUGUCAGUUUCUAUGAGACUCUUGGUGUGGAAUCGCUGAUCUUUGUCAGCAAGCACGCUGAGAUUGAGUUGGCUUUCUGCUCGAAGGAGACACUCGAGAAGACCAAGGAGAUUGCUUUCAGUGUCAAGGAGCUAAAGACUGUCGUUUGUUUCGAUGAUGUGUCCGACGAGGAACGUCAGUCGUUCAAAGCAAAGAAUAUCCAUAUCUACACUUACUCUGAGUUGAUGGAGCGUGGCGCUUCACUCGCCGGCAAACACAAGCACGUUCCUCCACACCCAGACGAUCUCUGCACCAUCAUGUAUACCUCAGGUACCACAGGUGAUCCAAAGGGUGUUAUGAUUACUCAUCGUAAUGUUAUCUCUGUGUUGUGCGCUGUUAAGCAGCUGGCCGAUGUCUAUGUAGACGAUUGUCAUUAUUCAUACUUACCAUACGCACAUAUUCUGGAGCGUGUUGUCGCCUCUACUGCAUUCCACUAUGGUGCCGCCGUCGGUAUCUUCUGUGGAGACACUACUAAGAUUCUCACUGAGGUCAAAGCGUUGAAGCCAACUCUCUUUAUUGGUGUUCCACGUGUGUUUGAGCGUAUCAAAGCCGGUGUCUUUAAGGAGGUUGCCAAGCAAUCGUCAGUCAAGAAGACCGUGUUCUACACAGCGUACAAAUUGAAACAACUCGCCAUUCUCUAUGGAUUCCGUAUGCCACUGAUUGAGGAGCUUAUCAACAAGAUUGUUUUCGACAAAUUGAAAUCGCAACUCGGUGGAAGAGUUCGUGCCAUUCUCUCGGGUGGUGCUCCACUCGCUCUCGAUACCGAGUGUUUCCUUCGUAUUGCUUUCUCGUGUUCGGUUGUUCAGGGCUACGGUUUGACAGAGUCAUGCGGUGGAACUGCUGUGAAACGUUUGGACGACGACUCGCUCGGAACUCUUGGACCACCAUUUGUAUCGUGUGAAGCCAAGUUGGUCGAUGUGCCAGACCUCAACUAUCUCUCCUCACACAAUCCACCCACUGGAGAGGUUUGUCUGCGUGGUCCAUCCAUUGCCAUCGGUUACUACAAGGACGACCAGAAGACCAAGCAAGACUUUAAAGACGGAUGGUUCCACACUGGUGACAUUGGUCGUUGGAACCCAGACGGAUCGCUCUCUAUCAUCGAUCGUAAGAAGAAUAUCUUCAAGUUGUCACAGGGUGAGUAUGUUGCCGUCGAGAAGAUCGAGAACGUUCUCCACAAGAGCGAGUGGAUCGCUCAGAUCUGCGUCUACGGUGACUCUAAAAAGUCAGUGUUGGUCGCUAUCAUUCAUCCUCACCAAGACAAGGCUGAAGAGUGGGCACACUCCAAGGGUAUUUCAGGUGGAUUCAAAGAGAUCUGUGCCAACAAGGACUUUAACGAAAUGAUUUUGAAGGAUAUCAACAACGUAGGAAGAGCAUCGAAAUUGUUUGGAUUCGAAGUUCCCAAGCAAAUCCACAUCAUUCACGAAGCAUUCAGUGACACCAACGAUAUGAUGACACCAUCAUUCAAAUUGAAGAGACCACAAAUCAAAGAACAUUAUCAAAAUGAAAUCAAUCAAAUGUAUUCUAAAUUAGAUUAA